CAUUUUAUUCAUUCAUUCAAAUAUUCCUUUGCUUUUUGUAUUCCAAAAUCAUGUCGGAUAAAAUAAAUUACUUUGCCCAAUCAAUCGAUUCCUUUAAGGAAACAUCCCUCCCAUCAGAGCCCUCAGAGCCUGAUGAACUAAUAAAAAUUACCUACGAUAUGGUCUUCAAUCUGAAGUGCGAUACAAGUGCCGAAGAUGGAGAGCACGCUGAGGAGGUGGACUCCCUCGGGGAGAUCGCCAAGUGGACCACACGCUCGACAAUAACCGAAAAGCAGGAGAUGCAAAAGAAGAGCAAAGAAAAGCUGGGGCACUCUCCCCACUUGAUGAUCAUCUUUGAGGACGGGGACUGGAACAGUGCCAUGCAUUUCCUCAUCGAAUCGAUCAGGAAUCCAUUCAAACCGAAUGCCGUGUCCACGGUCUUUGUGGAGCAGCACAUUCGUGCGGACAUCUUGGAGCACCUUCGGCCGGAGUUGCAGCCCUUGAACAAAGAGCCACCCGUUACCGUGAGACCUAGUUAUGUGAAUUCCCUGAAGGUGGUCAAUGAGAUGCAGAUGGAGUUCGUUCCCAAAAUAGAUGUGAUCGAUCCAUCGGGUAAUACCCCCGUUUUGCUCACCGACUGUAAUGCCAAUGAGUUGGGCGUGUAUUCCGAUGGUGUCAUCAUGCUGCAUACCUUUAAAAAGACCGAGAACAUCAUCGAUAUAUGCACCAGGGACCCGACACCUUUUGGCUCUGUUUCCAUCUGGAACGAGGGUAUGGAUCGCGCCUUCGAUAUUGUGGCUGCCAUCAAUUCUCCCCAUUUCUAUUUCAAUUGCACAAAUGUGGACUUGUCGCCGAUCGACAAGUACUUCCAGGCCGAAGAGAAUUAUGCCCUAAUCGAUAAUGGUUUCCACUUUGAAGCCCUGAAGAUCUACGAACAGUUCAAGACCAUUGUCUUCCCCUUGGUCCAUCAUAUAGCCCCGAAACCGGAGGCCAAUGUCGAAGUGGUGGAGCCAUCACCCAUCUCCUUUUUGGACAGCUAAAAGGCUUCCUCAUUCAUAAUCGAUUUUUGUUGCCCAAAAUAUAAAUUCCAAUAAAAAUUUUCAAGUUA